AUGACUUUCAAAUCAAUGCAUAAUUCAUUUCAAGUCUCGACUGUUGGGGUUUACAUAAGUUGUAAUAAGAAUAACAAAGAAGAAGUUAAUGAGAUGCAAAACUAUUUGACCGGCUACAAAGUGACGAUUCUUUUUGCACCACCCAAACUGAAAUUAAGAGAUCAAAUAGCGUUGAUAAAGAAACACAUUUUGCUUAACAUUUAA